AUGUCUAACCAAUCUGUACCGUUUGCCGUGGCCUCGCCACCUACAGAUGCUAUCUCAGCACUGAAGUUCUCCCCCGACCCCAAUUCCACCCGAAUCGUCGUUUCGUCAUGGGACAAGAACGUCUACUUGUACGACUUGCGCGAUGAGAAUGGCGACAUUGGGGAAGGAAAGCUACUACAGAAGUUCGAGCACCGCGCACCCGUCCUGGACGUCUGCUUCGGAGAGAACGAAAAUGAGAUCUACACAGCUGGGUUGGACUGGGAUGUGAGGAAGAUUGACCUAAACACCGGCGAACAAACCGUACUCAGCAGCCACGAGGCUGGCGUGUGCAGCGUUGUGUACAGCCGCGAGCACAACCUCAUCAUCUCCGCUUCAUGGGACUCAACACUCCACUUCCACCUUGCCACAAACCUCGAUUCUUUACCCAUCAUUGUUCCACUCCCAUCCAAGCCGUUCUCGAUCUCUGCGACGGCCACCAAGCUGGUCGUCGCCAUGGCCUCACGGUCCUUGCACAUCUACGACCUCAAGGCAUUGACUAUCCUCACUGCGCAAACAGACAGCAACGUUCCCGGUGGCAAUCGCGUGGACGUUGAGCCCUGGCAGCGUCGUGAGAGUAGCUUGAAGUUUAUGACUCGGGCAGUUGCCUGCAUGCCCGAUGAUAACGGCUACGCCUCAUCCAGCAUUGAGGGCCGUGUUGCGGUGGAGUGGUUCGAUCCAUCGCCCGAAUCUCAAGCCCGCACGUACGCUUUCAAGUGCCAUCGCCAAACCGCGGAGGAUGGAGUCGAUGUCGUUUACCCCGUCAAUGCCUUGGCCUUCCAUCCCGUGUUCGGGACAUUUGCUUCUGGUGGUGGUGAUGGAGUCGUCGCCAUUUGGGAUGGAAUUACCAAGCGCCGUAUCCGCCAAUACCAGAAACUUCAGACCAGUGUGUCCGCCGUCGCAUUCAGCGGUAGUGGCCGCCAUCUAGCCAUGGCAGUCAGCCCUGGGUUUGAGGACGGUCAUGAUGAUGUCCCCGAGGGCUCGGUGAUGAUUUAUGUGCGGGAACUGGGCGAGACAGAGGCCAAGGGCAAGGUUCCCAAAUAA